CCACAACCACCAUGGCUAGCGCGACAGCACCAAAAACAUCCUGGGCGGACGACGUCGACGAACUCGAGCAGCCCACCAAGUCGGAGGACUACGUCGACGAGAACGGCAUCCGUACAACGGUCGAGUUCACAGUAAAUGAUGACGGCAAGAAAGUCAAGAUCACCCGCAAGAUCAAGCGGGUACUCCAGAAGGCGGUCGUGGAUCACACAGUAGCCGAGCGGAAACACUGGGCAAAAUUCGGGCAAGAGAAGGGCAGCAAGCCGGGUCCUGACCGGGCAACAACGACAGUCGGCGAGAACGUCAUGCUAAAGCUGAGCGCGGGCAACAAGUCUUCCGAGCCGGAGCCCAGCGCCGAACAAUCCAUGAAGGCCAACCUCGUGCGUGCCGGUGCGGGCAAGGUCGUCUGCCGUCUCUGCAAAGGCGACCACUUCACCGCCAAGUGGGCGCCAGCAGAGCCCGCGGCAGCGCCCACCGUGGGCGGCAAGUACGUCCCGCCGUCAAUGCGCGGCGCGCGGGGGCCGGGCGAGGCGAUGGGGCGGCCGGGCGGGUCGCGGGACGACCUCCCGACGCUGCGGGUGACGAACAUCUCCGAGGACACGCAGGAGAACGACCUGCGGGACCUAUUUGGCGCGUUUGGCCGCGUCGCGCGCGUGUAUUUCGAGGAAAAGUCUGUCGCGCAGAAGGCGAUGGAGAAGACGCACGGGCGGGGGUACGAUAACCUCAUUCUGAACGUGAUGUGGUCUCAACCGAGGGAGCAGCGGUGAUUCUCGUGCUGUUGUAUUAUAUCAUGUCCGCACGAUGCUCAUGUGUUCAUGGCUGUAUUGCCGAGUCAUUCUCGCUGAUUGCAUCGUCAUCUAUGUAGGCGGUCGUGGUGGGAGCAACAACGUAGCCCCAUAAGAGUAUGACCCAUAACCUCAAACCGGACAGUCGUACCCUCGUGUCACGGCGGUAGCUGAGCCACUUGGAGGUAAAUGCGGACAUGUACGGACUGGUCCCGUGCAAGAUCUGUGGUAGGCUCUGCAGUUGACACAUGGCAGCUGCUCCAUCUCCGUCCGCGAAGCGAGCAAUCAUAAGAGUAUCACAACACCUAUCGUCCACUCCAUAGAGCAGUCAAUGCCCCCUGAGUCGGGAUCAUCGGCUCGUUGGCUGUUCUAGGGUCUCCUUCGGUGUGCACCCACUAUCAACAAUGCCGCCGUAACU